AUGGAGCUCCUGCGCAGGAACCGGCUCACAAUUAUGCGGCAUUACACAGAAUCUCAACACCGUGUGGUCGACUGGCCUAGCUGGACAACCUCAGAAGAUUCAGACGCUGUUUUGUUCAAUGGGAUCCUUCAAACAGCUUCCUGCCUGAUGUCUGUCUGCCUGAACUUUUUUAUUGGUUAUACGAGAUUGGGAAAGAUAGAGAAGCGAAAGCAGAUCAUUUUUGGCCUCAUGGCUUUCCUGCUAUUCCAUAUCUUCAACUAUCCCUGGUCAUUCUACCCAGGUCCGCUUGAUUACAUCCCCACAGAUAAAAACUCAUCGCAAAUUGGCGGGUGUAUACCGUCGUAUGAAUGGUGUGCAUCUACAGUCCGCGUACCAUUUCCGAUAUACUUCAUUUGUUUCGUUUUCUUUUUCGGAGCAGCGUUUCCUUUCAUCGCAUCUCCUUCAGGAACACUGUACUCUGAAAUCCUUGGCCCGCGAAAGCAG